AUGUCUUGGUUCGGCACCAAGGAGUCGAACGAGCCCUCGGGCCCCACCUUCUUCCCCCUCCCCUCCAACACCUCUGGCUUUGGCAAGCUCGACAAGGAUGACACCGCCUGGAAGACCAUCAGCGGCCACGGCUUCCAGACCGAGACCCACACCUACUACUCGCUCCUCGAGGACGGUUCGUUCCUCAUGGUCCAGGUCAUCUGGAGCUUCCUUGGUGUCUUCCUCAUUCCUGCCACCACGCAGAUGACCUUCAAGCUCUACAACCCCCACACCAAGAAGACCUCGUGGAAGUCGGUCAACGUCAACGGCUUCAAGCACGACGGCUGCAGCUCCAAGUCGGACGCGUUUGAGAUCAAGCACACUGGCACUCCCGAGACUGAGGAGUCGUACGCCAUCACGGCCCACCUCGACAAGAACGUCCAGAUCAACAUUACGUUCACCAAGCCCGCCGAUGCCCCCGGUGCCAAGUACGGUACUGGCGAGCAGGCUGGUUACUCCAACUUUGGCAGCAAUGACCCCACCAAGCGCGACGCGUUUGUUAUUCAUCGCUUCCUCCCCCUCAUGACCACCUCGGGUUCGCUCAUCAUCGACGGCGCCAUCGUCGACGCCAAGGGCGAGGCCAUGUUCGUCCACGCCAUGCAGUCGGGUAUGCGCCCCAACCUCAUCGCCUCGAGCUGGAACUUUGCCUUCUUCGCCAGCAACGGCGGUAACGAGGAGUCGGAGCUCGGUUCCGUCCGCGCUAUCCAGAUGGAGUUCACCACCACUGACGACUACGGACCCAAGGGCAAGAACUCUGGCCGUAGCAAGGUCAACAUUGGAUUCGUGUACGCGUCCAAGAUCCCCAACAAUGCGCUCCUCGUCGUCGGCCAGACCCACGCCCCCGAGGCGGGCGAGUACACCAACAAGUCCAAGGACAUUGUGAUUGCCGAGCACCUCACGACCGAGAAGGACGAGGAGACCAGCUACAUGGCCCCCCACGGCCUCUCCUUUGUGUGGGAGGGCGACCGCGUGGACGGUGCCGGCCGUGCCCGCGUCAGCGCGAUGAACGCCGACGUCUGGUCGGGCCUCAUCGAGAAGGUCGACGUCCUCGCCGAGAUCCCCUACGUUAUCCGCAAGGGUCUGUCGGCCGUCACUGGCGCCAAGCCCUUCAUCUUCCAGUACCACAACCCCUCCACCCUCAACGUUGAGAUCGAGGGCAAGGCCAUCCCCGUCAAGGGCUGGAUGUUCAACGAGGCCUCGUUUGUCUCCAUGUAA